AUGAAGGAAAUCGACCAGCUUCCAGAUUACAUGAAAAUAGUUUACAGAAAUCUCUUAAAUCUGUACAAAGAAUUAGAGGAGGAAAUGGCAAAGCAAGGAAUAUCAUACCGCCUUUAUUAUUCACAAGAAGCAUUUAAAGAAAUAGUUAUGGGUUAUGAAAUUGAGGCUAACUGGUGUAACAAAGGAUACAAGGCGACAUUUGAUGAGUAUAUGAGUAAUGGGUUGAUCACUGGUGGUCAUUUGAUGCUUGGAUUCGCGUCCUUAUUGGGCAUGGGAGAAGUUGCUAACGUUGAAGCAUUUGAAUGGAUGCAAAACAAACCUAAAGUUCUUGUUGCAGCAAACAUAAUUGGGCGGCUCAUUAAUGACAUAGCGAGCCAUGAGGAAGAAGAUCAGAGGGUGCAUGUUGCUACAGGGGUUGAAUGCUAUUUGAAGGCUUAUGGAGUGUCAAAGGAAGAGGCUAUUGAUGAAUUGUACCGAAUGAUUGCAAAUGCAUGGAAAGAUAUUAAUCAGGAAUGCCUUAGACCAACCCCCGUUCCUAUGGCUAUACUCAUGCGAGUUCUCAACCUGACAAGAUUUCUGGAGGUAGUUUACAAGGAUGGAGAUGCAUACACACAUCCAGAACUACAGUUGAAAGAUUAUGUUGUCUCAUUGUUAAUCGAUCCCAUUCCCAUAUGA